AUGGGUAAAAAAGUAAAGAAGGAAGUAGAGCCUCCACCCAAGGAUGUGUUUGAUCCUCUAUUGAUUGAAAGCAGAACAGCAGCAACAGUUGUACUAAUGCUUAGUUCUCCUGAAGAGGAAGUUUUGGCCAAAGCAUGUGAUGCUCUGUACAAAUUUGCAUCAAAAGGUGAUGAAAACAAAGUGACACUUCUUGGUCUUGGAGCAGUGGAACAUCUGUAUAAACUCAUCUCACAUGAAGAUCCAAUUGUACGUAGAAAUGCCAUCAUGGUAUUUGGCAUCAUGGCUUCUAAUCAUGAUGUCAAGAAGUUACUGAGGGAACUGGAUGCCACAAAUUCACUUAUAUCACAGCUGGCGCCAGAAGAGGAUGUAGUUAUCCAUGAAUUUGCUACUCUCUGUCUAGCACAUAUGGCUGUUGAAUAUACUACUAAAGUACAAAUAUUAGAGCAAGGUGGAUUAGAACCACUUAUCAGACUGCUAGGUAGCCCUGAUCCUGAUGUUAAGAAGAAUUCAGUUGAAUGUAUCUACCUCCUGGUGCAGGAUUUUCAAAGCCGUGCUGCAGUUCGUGCAUUGAAUGUAAUCCCACCCUUGUUGGAACUACUGAAAUCUGAAUACCCGGUUAUUCAGCUGUUAGCCCUUAAAACCUUAGAAGUAGUUAGCAAAGACAGAGAAACCAGGAUAAUACUGGGAGAAAAUAAAGGAUUAGAUUGUCUUCUGAAGAUACUGGAAACCAAUGAAUUCAGCGAUCUACAUGUGGAAGCUCUUGCUGUGUUGGGAAAUUGUCUCGAAGAUGUGCAUACUCUGCAACUGAUUCAGCAGACAGGAGGCCUUAAAAAGCUACUUUCAUUUGUAGAACUCUCUACUGUUCCCGAUAUUCAGAAGAAUGCAGCAAAGGCAAUUACCAAAGCAGCUUAUGACUCUGAAAAUAGAAAAAUCCUAAAUGAGGAAGAAGUUGAGAAGCGUCUCAUAAACCUUUUGGAAAUUGAUAAUGAUGGAGUUAAAGUUGCUGCUUCCCAAGCAAUUUCUGCCAUGUGUGAGAAUUUAGCUAGCAAAUGUGCAUUUGGACUCCAGGGGAUUCCCCAGCUAGUACAGUUGCUAAGCAGUGACAAUGAAGAGGUAAAAGAAGCUGCAGUGACAGCAUUAGCUAAUUUGACAGCAGCCAGUCCUAGUAAUGCAAGGGCUGUUGCUGAGGCUGAAGGAAUUGAGCCAUUAGUAAAUACCUUGAAUGCUCAGAGAGAUGGAGCCAUUGCUAAUGCUGCUACAGUGCUAACGAAUCUGGCCAUGCAAGAGCCAUUCCGCGUAAAUAUCCAGAGCCGUGGUAUUAUGCAUGCACUUGCAGAACUGUUGCGCUCGACCAACAACCAAGUGCAAAGCAAAGCAGCAUUUGCUGUGGCUGCGUUUGGUUGUGAUGCUGAUGCAAGAGCUGAGUUAAGAAAUACAGGUGGACUGGGACCACUCAUUGAAUUGCUGCAUUCUAAGAAUGAAGAAGUCAGAAGAAAUGCCUGUUGGGCCAUUCUGGUCUGUGCAAGUGAUGAACUAACCGCUGUUGAACUAUGCAGGCUAGGUGCUUUAGACAUCCUAGAAGAAAUUAAUCUAUCAACAGGGCGCAAAAAUAACUUUAGUGAAGAUGCUCUGGAAAAGCUACUUGAUAAUAAUCUUCCCCAAAAGUACAGCCAGAUGGGAUAUUUAUCAUCAAGUAAUAUCAUUACUGAUGGAUUCUACGACUGUGGUCAGAUAAAACCUGGAGUGAAAUUUUUAUCUUUGGAGGAACUGAGUAUGCAAGAGCUUACUGACCGUCGGGCCAUAAUUUUCAUUAAUGCCAAACCACAAGAAGAUCUUGCAGGAGAGAAGGCACAAGAUUCAUCUUAUGAACAGACGAUCUUGUCACCUUCUAUUUCAAGAAAAGGCAGUAGAGAAAAAGCAAGAAAAGGGAAGGGGAAAAAAGAAGAGGAAAAAUCAAAAGACGUUAUUCAGAUUACAUCUAAAGUCCAGGAUGAAAUAAAUACAGAAAAUUCACAUUGGCUACCACCACCUGACUUCAUUUUACUGGAUUACAUUAAUGAUGCUUCCAAAACAAUUCUACCACUAACUACUACCCGGGCACAGGUUAUGGCUCUUGCACGGUUUGUUGCAGACAAGAUGGGUGGCCCGAUUGAAAGAGACAAACUUCAUGACUUCAGCUGGGAACUUCACAUAAGUGAAAUAGAAUUUGAUCUGAAAUGCAACGUUGUGCCUAUUGGGAAAGUCAAAAAAGGGACAUUCUACCACAGGGCUUUACUUUUCAAGGUGAUAGCAGACAGAAUUGGCAUUGGCUGUAGUUUGGUUCGUGGCAAGUAUAACAGAGCUUGGAAUGAAGUUAAAUUGGUUGAUGACUCUCCUCAAGGAAUAGCUGGACUUCUGCUUCCUCCUCAAGAGUAUAUUGUAGAUCUAAUGUUUGAGCCAGGCUUUUUGAUAAAACAGGGGAGUGCAGAGGCAGAUCAGUACAAACAUUUUUAA